CGCACUGUUCGCUGCCAAAAAGGGACAGCGCGGACAGCGCGUAGAGUGAUGCGAAAAUUGUCAAGUAUCUGGUGCACGGUGGCGGUGCGGCGAACCCGGUGAGCCUGGCGUGACGUGCGGAAAUCCUCGUAGCAACGUGAGGAACUACGCGGUCUCGAUGUCGAGCACUCUGGAGAAGAAGAUCAUGAACCUGGAGGAGCGACUGCGGGCGGCAAACGAGUCACGGGACAGAGACAGACAGGGUAGCGAGGUUGGAUUACCAGGCACGGGUCUACAGUCCUCGUCAUCGGGCUCGAUGUCCAGCACUGCUCUCCGCAGGCCUCAACAACUUGGAGACAUGGGUACCCCAACACGAUCAAGAAAGCAACUGGAUCUGCCAGUUUCUCAAAUGCGGCAUAAUGAAUGGAAGCACGACAGUGAGUUUGAAUCAAAGUUACAGGAGAUCAUGAAGAUGAAUGGCAUUUUGAACAUCAAUGGCCAGAGGUAUCAUACAGACAUGAAAGAUUUGGAGCAUCUUGGGGAACUGGGUAAUGGUACCUGUGGACAUGUUGUCAAGAUGAAGCACAAACCAAGUGGUGUAGUGAUUGCUGUGAAACAGAUGAGACGUUCUGGAAACGCCGAGGAAAACAAGAGAAUAAUUAUGGAUCUCGAUGUUGUGCUCAAAUCACAUGACUGUCCCUAUAUUGUGCAGUGCCUAGGCUGUUUUAUCACUGAAUCAGAUGUCUGGAUAUGCAUGGAACUCAUGGUGACGUGCCUAGACAAACUGUUAAAGCAUAGUAAAGAAGAGGCAAUACCAGAGGUUUUUUUAGGCAAAGUUACAGUAGCAACAGUGAAAGCGUUGUCGUACCUGAAAGAAAAACAUGGUGUAAUUCACAGAGACGUAAAACCUAGUAAUAUAUUAUUGGACGAAUCAGGAGGAGUAAAACUGUGCGAUUUCGGAAUAUCCGGUAGAUUGGUCGAUAGUAAAGCAAAGACGAGAAGCGCAGGAUGUGCGGCGUACAUGGCUCCCGAAAGGAUAGAUCCUCCUGAUCCUACCAAACCGGAUUAUGAUAUAAGAGCAGAUGUAUGGAGUUUGGGCAUUACUCUGGUAGAACUAGCUACGGGAGUAUUUCCUUAUCGAGACUGCAAGACUGAUUUCGAGGUACUGAGCAGAGUAGUACAAGACGAUCCUCCGUCUCUCCCGACUGACAGACCCUUCUCGAGAGAAUUUAGAAACUUCGUCAAUUUGUGCUUAACGAAGAAUUACAAACAUCGGCCGAAGUACCACAAACUCAUGGAACAUCCGUUCAUUCGCAAAUACGAUGUUCCGCAAGAUAUAAAUUCUGCUGUAAAUUCCGGAUACCAGUGGUUCUGCAAGAUCAUGCGGCAGCUAGAACCAAGUUUCAGAUUGCCGGGAGAACAGCAGCAACAGCAGCAGCAGCGAAUUUCGGGCCACAUAUCCUUGAAGCAAACGGCCCAUCUCAGAGCGCAGUCCGAAGUGCCGGCUUUUUUAAGAAGUAACAUUAAUAACAGCACCAGAGAACCGCUGAAUUCUGGAUUUCUGCCAUUCCAUCAACGUUCCAACAGCGAGAACGGUGCGAAUUAUGUGUCUUACAGUCCGUAUUUUCCUCGCCGGAAAGAGAUCACUCGGCCUUUUUCACCGCCGAUCUUCAAGGACAACAAGCCAGAUCAGCCGGAAUCGAAUCUGCCUCCGCGGCCUUUUUCGCCCUACCGGCAACACGAGCAGAACAUCAACACCAGGCAUGAUUAUUCUUCCUCGAAUCGCUGCUCAACAACGAAUGGUCAAGGCAGACAUGAGAUGACGUCGACGGCUAUGACAACGGCAACGACGACGACGACGACGAUGACGACAAUGAUAACAACAACGACGUCGACGACAAGAUCGUUCUCCCCUUAUAUGAUGAUACAGGACGCCAACUUAGAUAGUAACGGCCGACCGUACUCCCCGUAUCGCAGCAGUCGCUACGACGAGCGCGAUGGUAACAAGACGGACCGAUGGCAAGGAGGUGUCUCGAGAUCGCUGAGUCCUUUCGCGAGAGACUAUUCUCCUUGGCGACGAGAAAACGUUGAUCCGCCCGGUGUCAUUCAGCCGCCACCACCACCUACCUGUGACAACAACAGUGGUCGUUAUUCACCGUUUUUGCAGCAACGACUAGCACAGUUAUCGUCACAUCAGUCACCGGCUUCUCAGAUACAUUCUCAGACGCAUGAUAUCUAUGGCAGUCCAAUGAUCAGUCGCAAAAGGUUUCCUUCGGAGCCACCGCCGCAAGGAUCCCACGGCUCUACUAGUCCGCAAUUGUUGAUCUCCCGUUUUGCGCAUCAGUUGAAACAGGAAUCACCACCGUCGUCGUUCGUGGGAAUGCCGCCGCAACAAGGCACCGGUUCGAAGGAAUCCGCGAAGAAGCGUUUCGCGUCAUACGUGCGCCUUAGGCUCGGUAGCGAACGCGCUCCCUCGCCGGAGCCACCGCCAAGACUGAGUCGUGGCGAGUCUCCGCUUGCUCUCAGAAGAAAUUUAAUCGAACAGUCGUCUCCUUCUUGUCCACGAAGGUAUGUCUCACCCUCUCCGCCUCAGCCACCUCCCAGGAGACUGUCGGAGAGCAAUUCCGUGCCUGGUAGCCCACAACAUGUGCGAGCCCGUCUACGUUACACACCUGAACCUCAAAGGAGACCUCCGCCGCCAUAACCCACCGCUAAAAUUGUUAAGCCUUAUUAUUAUUCCUUGUUGGUGCCAUACGCGACUACGGACACCCGGACGGCAAUCACAUGCACCACGUAGUAGCGAAGUGCGAUGUUAUUUGACGAUGGUUGCGCGCACAGAAAGUCAUAAAACGUGUACGCACACAGUAUACAGGGCCGCGUUUGUCGGACGUCGUAAACCAAAAAAAGCAAAAAA